AUGACUAGAAGUGAGAGCUGGAAUUCCAACUCUGACCUUGCUCUAUUCCAAGAUAGAAGCAUAAUUUCUGGAUCUGCUGUCCCUUGUGUAAUCUUGCACCAGUCACUCCUCAGCCCUCUGACUGCAGGACAACAGAAAGAACUUUCAACAAUGUUGGCAACAGCUGGUGAAGUUCCACAACCUUGGCGUCCUCUAUGGAGGUUCCAUCGCUGGAGGUUCCAUCGUCUCUCUCCCUCCUUGGAAUCAGAGCAGGUGAAACAGGAAGAGGCAGAAACUGAAGACAAUGAACUGGAUUCCAAAUCAUCCUCCGAAAACCUGUUGUACGUCCAGUCAUCCAAGGAGCCGCAACUGGUCUCUGAAAUUCAGACAAUGGCCUAUAAUAAUAGGACCUACGUGCUGGAUUCUAUCCGGCAUUACCUAAAGAAAUAUCUGGAGGUGGAAUCUGAGGUCCUCUCAAUAGGGAUUUUUAACAGCUACCUCCAGGAUCUCAUUUCCAUAAUGACAGACUCUACAAAUUGCCUGGACAGGAAAUUUCUCUUUUACUUUUAUGGAUUGAUCCUCAGGGAGUCCUCAGAGAAAAUUGACCUGAAGAAACACUUGUUAGGUCUCCUGGAUCUGUCUCACCAUUUAGCGAGCCAUCGUGAGGGCAUAGCACUAGCAAUCGGGCUGGCAUCUUCCAUCCACUUUGAACAAGUCUGGUCUAUUUUGGAGCAUUUUGCCCAUACUAGAAUACUGAGGCGUAGUACAGUCUCCAGUAAUGCCAAGAACAUUCAUGAUGUGCCUUGGAAGUGGGCAAACAGUACAGCCCUGCUAUGCUAUGGACAGAUGGUAGUCCAUGCCAAGAACAUCAUUCUCCCAUGGGUAGACAAUAUCACCUCCAGGAUGGUGUACUACUUCAACUGCAGCAAAUAUGAUUCCAUCUUGAAGAAUAGUUUUCUCAGUGCCACAAUCAUGAUUUCCACAGUACUCAGCAAGGAUCCUGGAGCACAGAACUACAUAUUCAAACAGAUCCCAGACCUCAUUGACUGUAUAUUGAUCAGCAUUCAGAACGAAUCCCAGGAACUUCUUGUCACAUAUUUUCAUCAGAGGAGCCUACAAGUUAUCAACACUUUAUGCUCCCUGCUACAACCGAGCAUCCCAACGAUGGUCAAAACAAGAGUUCUCAGUAUCUGCUUUGAAAGCCUGUUCAUGCUUCCUGCCCCAGAGAUGUUAGCAAACGAUGUGGUUGACCAGGAGGACCUACCUGAUAUUCAGACCCUGCAUACAAAGACAAUGCAGGCCCUUGACCUGCUUCUCCAACAUUUCCUCUUUGAGCAUCAGACAAUGGAAGAGCUCCAAUUUAUCCUGCAGCACUUUGAGCCCUGGCUCAUGGCCAGUAAGCCUCACGAGAGACUUCGGGCUGAGCAGACUGCCUUGAGGUUACUCCAAUACUCCCAAGAAAACCUGAGUCUAAAUACUGAGACUUCAUUGGCAAUGAUGGGGAAUCAGAUAGGUUUGUUCAGUCUUCUUUGGCGAGAUGAGUGUGAAGAAAACCGACUCUGUGCUCAAGAGUGCAUUUCGGUCCUCAUCCAGCUCCUGACAUAUAAAAAGCCUGAGGAAGAACAUAUUUGCAUACAUAUAUUGAAGCAACUGAAGCAUCUGAACAUCAAGAUCUCAAAGAAAGAGGUCAAAGAUUGCACCUUUCUAGUGAAAUUGUUUAGGAAAAAUCUCUCUGUGAAACAAAAUACUCAACUCAUCCUGACCUUAAUGAAUGGCCUAAAGGGCCACAACCAAGUCAGAGUACAUUUGGCUCUGGAGUUGUUCAGCCUUUUUCUUCAUACCCCAGGACUCAAGAUGGAGCAGGUGGCAGAAGUGUUUAAGGGCAUACACAAAGUGCUCCCUUCUAUCAUGUUCCUGGAUGUCCGACUGUCACUUUUCAAAGUUAUCCAAGAGUUGGGGCGAAAAUACACACAGACAGUGGUUGAAGUACUUUUGUCCAUCGCCCAACCAAUGGACAGGCAAAUCAUGGAAAUAUGGAAGGUCAUGGGAAUGGAUAAAAAUUUAAGGAAGAGACUGAUGACCCUGCUGUUCCUGAAAAUGAAAAUUCGUCCAUCGGGAGAGAUUUAUGGAAAUGUAAAGGAGAAGAUAGAAAUGAUGUCCAUAGAGGCACUGAACACAAUGUAUGAGCUCCUCUACCUUCAGGAAUUCCGGCGGGUGAUCCAUUGGGCCUUCUCCAGUAUUCUUUUGGGCCUGCUGACUCAGCUGCACUACUUUUUCGAAACGAACAUGGAUGACAUGGAAUAUUUUGAUGACACCCUGAAUUUGGAGUAUGUCAGUCCUUUCAGGACGUGUCUGGAGGCCCUGAAAGGUCUGUUUUGGACUACUGACAACUGGGAGGUAUUUGCUUAUAUGAAGCUCCAGGAGGGCUGGCUGCUUUUCGAGAGGAUAGCUACAUUCCAACAGGGUGUGACCCUGCUGUCGAGGGCCAUUACUCACUACAAAUGUAAGACCAAGGACAUUUUAAACUAUGCUAUGAAAAGCAUGAAGAAGAGCCCCUAUGAGCGGGAUCAUUUAGUGAGCAUCCUUAUCAUCACUGAGCUUCUCAACAGCACAGAGGUCCCAUGGUGUAUGUUUCGGAGAACUAUCAGGAACUUCCUAAUUUCAUCCCUGAGAAGCUCCAACAAGGUGGUGCGGAUCAUGAGUUUGCAGGGAUUGGGCAGCAUUCUACUACAACCUGAGAAGGGAAAUCUGCUCCGGAACCAACUGUCAGGACUGAUAGUAGAAUUGUUGCAUCGGGAAGAGAAUACCAUAUUGCUACUUAUGAAUAUCAUUGGAGAAAUCCUGCAUCUUCUGACCUUACAAGGUGCCGGCUACAGCAGUCUCAGGGUGGCAGAGCAACUGUUCGAUCUCUUUGAUGACGAGAAUGAAAGGAUUCGAGGAGAAGCCAUCUUCCUCUAUGGAGAUGUAAUCCAUAGUGGUGGAAAGAAGUUUGAACAUGAAUUGAAGCUGCAUGCUUUUCAGUGCCUGGUUCCUCUCCUAUUCCAUCUAGCUGACUCCUGCCCAGAGGUUGUUGGGAAGACCAAGUUCACUUUCAUGCGUCUUGCCAUAUUAUUCAAUUGGGGCUUUCGGAAGGAACUGUUUAGCACUCUGGCCUGGCGUGAGGGCAAAGGAGCUGAGAAUGACAUCUUUCUCUACAUGGUGGAGAGUAAUUUUGGAGAAUACCAUUUGUUUCUCCUGCAGGCUUUUAUGUAUGUUAAGAGCCCUCAGAAGAACCUCCAAAGAGCUGCCAUGAAGUUUAUUGGUGGGAUGCUUCAGGAGUAUUUUUCUGAUCUCUGCUAUUAUUUGAACAAGUCGGAUAUGAAGCUACUGACAAAAAAUUUUGAAGAUCUGCGAAGGGACCAAGACCCCAAUAUCAGAAAGUUCUACCUGAAUUAUUCAAAAGAUAUCUAUGAGCUGUCCCAAUAUGUAGCCUGA